AUGAGGUCCGACGUUGAAAAGGCGCCUGGAUCGCCUUCCCUACACAGCAUGAGCCAGCAUGAGCUUGAAAAUAGCUCUUCUCAUGAGCCCAUCAAGGAGGCGAUCCUCGAACCCAAGCCACAGUCGCGAUUUCAACGAUGGAUUGCGAACCUGAAAAGCGUGGAAUCCAGAGGCAUCCAGCCGGUGCCUCUGGAAGAGAGGGAGCCAGUGACUUCGUCGACUUCAUUGCACAUGAUGCUGAUGUGGUUUAGCAUGAGCUUGGCAACCAACAACAUUAUUGUGGGAUCCAUGGGAACGCUAGUUCUCGGACUGAGUUUCCAGGAUGCCGCUAUCUGCGCGAUUGUCGCUCGCUACUUCAUGGGCUAUUACCCCAGCAAGGUCUGCACCUUGCUGAACAUCUUCACCAACCUGGGUUAUGCCAUGGUCAACAGUGUGGUGGGCGGCCAGAUUCUGUCCAAGGUUUCCGGUGGGCACAUCUCGGUGCUGGUUGGCAUUGUGGUCGUGGCCCUCUCAAGCUGGGCGAUGGCCAUGUUCGGCAUGCGCAUCUUCCAGAUCUAUGAACGAUUUGCAUGGCUCCCCCAACUGAUGGUUCUCUGCGUGAUGCUGGGCUCUGCGGGCCCCCAUUUCGACUUCAAGACCCACACGCCGGUCUCUCCAGGACGUCUGAAUGCAAAGCGAAUUACCUUCUUCUCGCUGUGCCUGUCCAUCGCGCUCGCAUGGGCCCCGCUUGCGGCGGACUACUACGUCUAUUACCCACCGCACAUCAAGCGCUGGCGCACCUGUGCCGUCACGAUGCUGGGGUGUGCCCAGGCCAUGCUCAUCACCCUGCUCCUGGGCAUCGGGCUCGGCACCAUGAUGGUGAGAUUCGGCAAGUUCUGCGCGGUGAUCAACGUGCUGGCGCUGGUCGCCAACAACACCCCCGGGGCGUAUUCGAUGGGCAUGAACCUUCAGAUGUUGGGUGAUGUCUUCGGGCGCGUCCCCCGGCCCAUCUUCACCACCCUGGCGACUGUGGUUUAUACCGCGUGUGCGAUGGGCGGACGGAACUCGUUGUACGAGAUUUUCAAGGGCUUUUUGCCGCUCAUUGGGUAUUGGGUGGUGAUCUGGUUGAUCGUUGUGAUCGAGGAAGACCUGAUUUUCCGUCGGAUGACGGGCUAUGACUGGUCGGCGUGGAACACGCCGCAGAGGCUGCCAGUGGGGAUUGCGGCGACCGUGUCGUUCGUGAUCGGAUGGGCCGGGGCGAUUAUUGGCAUGGACCAAGCCUACUAUAGCGGCCUCCUCGCCCAAAUUGCAUCGGGCGCGGACUUGGGCCUUUGGACUGGCGCGGGAUUCACCGCUGUGGUCUUCCCACCACUGCGGGCAUUCGAGCGAUGGUACUUUAGGCGCUAG